GCGGCGGCGGCGGCGGCCCCCGCGGGGGAGAAGAAGGCGCUGCGGGUGCUGGUGCUGCUGCCCAAGGACGACGCGUACCUGUUCUCGCUGGCGCGGGUCCGGCCGGCCAUCGAGUACGCGGUGCGGAGCUUGGAGGCGAACGGCUCGCUCCUGCCAGCGGGGUACAAGUUCCGUCUCGUCUACAGCGACUCGGAUUGCGGCAACAGGGCGCUGUUCAACCUGGUGGAUAUGAUCGCCCUGCGGCGGGGGUGGCCCGACCUGCUGCUGGGGCCGGCGUGCGACUACGCCGCCGCGCCCGUGGCCCGGCUGCCCACGCACUGGAACCCCCCCAUGCUCUCGGCCGGCGCGUUGGCCGUAGGCUUCAGCCCCAAGACGGGCGAGUACUCGCACCUGACCCGCGUCUCCCCGGGCUACGCCAAGAUGGGCGAGAUGUUCCUGGCGCUCUUCCGCCACCACAAGUGGAGCCGCGUCCUGCUGGUCUACCACGACGACAAGGAGCAGCGCAGCUGCUUCUUCGCCGCCGAGGGCGUCCACCUCGUCUUCCGCGAGGCGGGCUUGCACCUGGACGACUUCGCCUUCGAGGAGAGCGGCAAGUACGCGGACGACGUGGUGCGCGCCAUCCAGGGCGGCGAGAGAGUUGUGAUCAUGUGUGCCAGCAGUGACGCAAUACGGAACAUCAUGUUGGCUGCACAUCGGCAAGGAAUGACUAGUGGAGACCAUGCUUUCUUCAAUAUUGAACUUUUCAACAGUUCAUCAUAUGGAAAUGGCUCAUGGAGGAGAGGAGACAAAUAUGAUCUUGAAGCGAAGCAAGCAUACUCAUCUCUCCAAACAGUCACACUACUGAGGACAGUGAAACCCGAGUUUGAAAAGUUUUCUAUGGAAGUGAAAAGUUCUGUUCAGAAACAAGGAAUCAACCAUGACGAUUAUGUGAACAUGUUUGUCGAAGGAUUCCAUGAUGCUGUGGUUCUCUAUGUUCUGGCUUUACGGGAAGUUCUGAAGAAUGGCUUCUCUAAGAAAGAUGGAGAUAAGAUUGUCCGUCAGACAUGGAACAGGACAUACGAAGGCAUUGCUGGGCCAGUAUCUAUAGAUGCCUCUGGAGAAAGGUUUGGGGAUUUUUCUGUGGUUGCCAUGACUGAUCCUGAAUCUGGAACACAGCAGGUGAUUGGAAACUAUUAUGGAAAACAGGGGCGCCUUGAAAUGUUUUCAAGUGUAAAGUACCCCUGGGAACACAGACUGAAAACAGAUGAUAGCCGAGGACUGGAGCAUACGAGCAAUGCAGCCUGCAAAUCAUGUGGCCUAGGAGAAUCAGCAGUUACCGGAAUAGUCGUAGGUGCCUUGCUAGGGGCAGGAUUGUUGAUGGCCUUCUACAUUUUCAGAAAAAAAUACAAAAUAACCAUUGAAAGAAGAAAUCAGUUGGAAGAAUACAACAUCGGCAAGCACCGACAGUUACGGGAAGACUCCAUCAGGUCUCACUUUUCUGCUGCAUGAAAUAGAAACAAAUUGCUUUUGUGGGGGAAAUCUAUAGACAAAUGGACACUACCAAAGACUGCCACAGGAAAAGAAGUUCAUUAAGGACUCCACCUUUUAAAAGUAGAGUCACUUGUCUUAAUUUUUUUUCAGAAACUCAGGAAUGAUUUAUUAGCCACACUAUGCCACAUGGCCUUUUUUAUCUCAUGGAAAGAUAAAUGACAAAAAAAUACUGUUUUUCUCAUAACAAGACAUUAUUAAUACUUUGUGGAUAUCUCAAGGCAGGUUGCUCUGGUCAAUGAUUUGAGGUCUUGGUGAUGUAAAUGUUCCUUCAUGAUGCCUUGUUGUGAACAUCAGAUGGUUCUUCACUGAAACACACACCAGAUCAUAAAUUGCUUUCAUAGACACAGGGGCAGGUUCAUACAAGGAACAAAAAUAUGUUCAGGGUUGAAUUGUGGAGACAAGACGGGAAGGAAGAGCAUGUAGCUAGUUCAGUGCAAUAUAGUUUUGGAAAAAGAACAAUCAUGCAUUUCAUUUAUGGGACAGAAGAAACCUCAAGGCGGAAGAAAAGGAGGAUUUGAUUCUGAGUGCCAAUUUACAUCUCACAUUUGUUCUGAAAUGGUUCCAUAGUGAUUCCUAAGAAAAUUCUCUCACAACUCUAUUAUUAAUAUAAGGAAGAGACCUAUAUCCAUGGGAAAAGAAAAUUCGUUUUCAGAUCAAUUCCAUUUUACACUGAAUUUUUAUUGCAAGGAAGUUUCCCCCUCCAUAUUAUCUUCACAUCCAGGGGGAAAUGCCUCCUGAUUUUAGAUCCAUCUCCUCCAACUUGGUGCCCUCUAGAUGUGCUGAGGCUAUAACUCCCUAAAUUUUCAGCACUGCUGUUAGGAAUCUGAGAAUUGUAAUCAUACUUUGAGAGUCAAUGAAGAACCGGUUUAGACACGGACUAGGAUCUUGAAGGCCCCAGUUCAGGUCCACACUUACCCCUGGAACCUCUUUGAAUGACUUUGCACCACUUUGUCUCAAUCCAACCUACCCCAUGAAGAUUUUGCCAUGUGGAUAAAAUAGAGGAAUCAAUAUUACGUGUCACUGAGAUCUGACUAAUAAAUGCAUGAUCUGUCCGGACAGCACUACACAGGUGAAGGCUUUCUUAGAAAUUUGGUAUAAGGUUAAUACAAAAGGGUUUUGGAGAAAAGAGAUGCAGUUUUAGGCCAGGUGUGUACAUAAAGUGGUAGGAUCCUGAAGUGAGGGUUUUCUACUUCAGAGUGCAAGUAUCCUUCUGAAUAUUUUCCUAUAUAUGAAAAAAAGUUAAAGUUUUUUGAAGUGUUUCAGAGAAGAUGGUUCUAGCUAAUCCUCUCAGUGGUAUGCUAGUUUCUAUGAAGCAUUUAAAGAUUGCUAAAACUUUAGCAAUUAAAGAUUGCUAAAGAGUCUAGUCGGUUCUACCAACUGGAUUUCUAUCUUACACACUUGAUAUGUAAAUCAGAUUUUACAACUGCCAAUGACAUGAAACAAAAUCUCUGCCUCUAAUCAAAGCACAUGCUGCUCUCUCUACAGGCAUCCAUGAUAUGCAUGGAUGCACAAACGCACACACACCCCAUUGGAAUUCAGGUGAAGUUCUCUGGAUGGGGCCCUGCUAGACCUUAAGUCUGUAACUGCUAUUGCUGAAAUUUAAACUAAUGAGAUGUUUGGCCCCCACAGUUGUGUGCGCUGCAGCUGUGAGAGUCCUGGUGUCUCCCCCUCCCCCAUAGGGUUUGAAACCUGGCUUUUUGAAAACCAGGCUGUUACUCAACAGUAUGUUCCACUGAAACCUGUGGUACUUACUUAUGAGUAAAGGAGUGUAGAAUCAGGCUGCAAUACAGCACCCCUGCUCUGCAUUCUUCAUAGGAAGCAAAUACCCCACUGCCAACUUGGAGCCUUGGGUGUGGCCCAAACUUUGUAAAUAUCAAAUGGCAGAAUGGUUUUGUACAGCAAUGGAAGUCACAAGUAUUUUGUAUUAAAAAAAGAUAUUCUGGUUUAACAUUUUAUUUUUAGGUAUUCCUGUAUUUUUCUAUUAGAAAAAUGGUUAUCUAUUUGGGAUAACUGUUUCUCUUUGAAAAAGAUAUCUGUUUGGGAUAUCUGUUUUAUGUUAGAAAAUCAAAUGAAGAGCAUAUUUGAAAAACGAUUUUUUUUUCUUUUUAAGCCUGAAUAAUCAUGAGCAGAGAACUUCUUAGAUUCAAUAAAAGUUGAAUCUUUUAUAUCAGCAUGGUCGUAGGCUGGCCGUUCUCCCUUUCCCUUCUUUCGAUCAACAGUGGCAACAUGUAAGAGUUGAAAGUUGAUGCUCCUAUUCCCAAGGUCAUGAUAGCACAAGAACAGCCAAUCUUUUUGCAGCCAGCAGCUAUCCCCUUUUUUCCAGGAGGUUUUGGACCCCCAAGGCCACACAGUGGUGAUGCCAUGAAGCCCAGGGAUGGGGGUGGGCAUUAAUGACAAAAUAAGCAUGUUGGUGCAUUUAUUUUUGCCUUUAUUUACAAAAAAACAUACACAUAGAAACAAUAAACUCUCUGUUGUUUUU